AUGCAGCGUGCCAAGGAGAUGAUGAAGGUGUCCGACGGCAGCCUCCUGGGGGACCCUGGACGCACGCCACUGAGCAAGAAGCAGGGUGCCAAGUGGCAGAGGCCGAGGCUCACCCGCCAGGCCGUGAUGCGGUGCUGCCUGGUCAAGUGGAUCCUAUCCAGCGCUGCCCCGCAGGGCUCAGAUAGCAGCGACAGUGAGCUGGAGCUGUCCAUGGUGCGCCACCAGCCAGAGGGGCUGGAGCAGCUGCAGGCACAGACCAAGUUCACCAAGAUGGAGCUGCAGUCCCUCUAUAGGGGCUUCAAGAAUGAGUGUCCCUCGGGCCUGGUGGAUGAAGACACCUUCAAACUCAUUUACGCACAGUUCUUCCCUCAGGGAGAUGCCACCACCUAUGCACACUUCCUCUUCAACGCCUUCGACGCUGACAGGAAUGGGGCCAUCUGCUUCGAGGACUUCGUGGUUGGCCUCUCCAUCCUCCUGCGAGGCACAGUCCAGGAGAAGCUCAAGUGGGCCUUCAACCUCUACGACAUUAACAAGGACGGCUACAUCACCAAAGAGGAGAUGCUGGCCAUCAUGAAGUCCAUCUAUGACAUGAUGGGCCGGCACACCCUCCCCCUCCUGCGGGAGGACGCGCCCCUGGAGCACGUGGAGCGGUUCUUCCAGAAAAUGGACCGGAAUCGGGACGGGGUAGUGACCAUUGAUGAGUUCCUGGAGACCUGUCAGAAGGACGAGAACAUCAUGAACUCCAUGCAGCUGUUCGAGAACGUCAUCUAG